UAUAAUCUCAAUUUUUGUAAAUUUUUGUAAAUUUUUUAAAUAUUUGUAAAUAUUUUAAAUUGUAAAAAAUUGUAAAUUGUAAAUAAUUGUAAAUUGUAAAUAUUUGUGAGUUAAAUAUUUGUAAAGUUGUGUCGGAUAUUUUAAAGGAUGGGAAAAGACUACUACUCGAUUUUGGGCGUUAAAAGAGGCUGUAAUGAAGCUGAGCUUAAGAAAGCUUACAGAAAACUUGCCAUGCAAUGGCAUCCUGAUAAACAUCAGGAUCCAAAUUCCAAAGUUAAAGCUGAGGAGAUGUUUAAGAAUGUAUCGGAGGCGUACGAUGUGUUAUCUGAUCCUGAGAAGAGGAAGAUUUAUGACCAGUUUGGUGAAGAAGGACUUAAGGGAACUGCUCCCGGCCCUGAACACGGCGGCUCUCGCACUUAUGUCUACACUGGAGUGGAUCCGAGUGAGUUAUUUCGUAAGAUAUUUGGGAAUGAUCGUGCCUUUAUGUUUGGCGGUGACGAGAUGGGCGGCUUUGGUGACGUGUUUCACGUUACUCAGCCCUCGGUCAAAUCCACCAACUAUGAACUCGAAUUACCCCUCACACUCGAAGAAUUAUACACCGGUACGGUGAAGAAGAUGAAAGUAACGCGUAAAAGGUUUAAUGGUAAUAAACAGUAUAAGGAAGAACACACUCUUAAAAUCGACAUCAAACCAGGCUGGAAAGAUGGCACGAGAUUAACCUUUGCCCGUGAAGGCGACCAACAAUCACCCAUGGCCACCCCCGGAGAUCUCAUCUUUAUAAUAAAAACGAAGAAACACAUGAGGUUUGUCCGCGACGGCAAUAACUUAAUAUACAAAUUCACCGUUCCUCUCGUCAAAGCGUUAACGGGUUUUAAUGCGGUGUUGACGACGUUGGAUAAUCGCAGGUUAACGAUUCGUGUGACUGAGGUUGUUUCGCACAAAUCGCGUAAGGUUAUUGCCCGGGAGGGAAUGCCACUGUCUAAGAACCCGAACGAACGCGGCGAUCUCAUACUCGAAUUCGACGUCGUCUUCCCAGAAACACUCACCAACGAACAAAAAAACUCCAUCACCAAUAUUCUCAACUAA